AUGAGUGAAGAUUUAGAGGACUUUGAAGUGUUUCUAGAGAAUGAGUUCAAUGCCCAGAGGUUUGGCAACGACUUGAUCAAGGCUACCAAUACUGAUGAUUCUACGGCAGAGUUAGAUAUCGACACACCUAUCAAGAAGAUCAACUACGACAUCGGUGAAAUUGAUACCAGAAUUGAAAAAUUGAUCAACGAUAAUCCACUACAAAUAUUAGAUCAAAUCUCCAGGACUAAGGCUUCGAGGACAACGGUAAGAGAUGGUCUCAAACCAAGCUUAGACUAUUUGGAUAUGUCAUACAAAAGGUUACAAGAAGUAUUGGAACCAUAUGAAAAGGCCCAAAAAUUACAGAAUGUAUUGAGCAAAGUACAUCAGACUUCCAUUUUGCUACGAGAUGCCCUUAUUUAUAUCCAUUUGGUCAAUAGCAUCAAGGUUAUUAAUGAAUCUAAUCAACAGUUAAAUUCGCAAAUGGCACUAGAACUAGCGUCCUUGCAUUCACAGUUAGAAUCGGGAAUUAAUCAAAGUGCAAAUCUAAAAUCAUUGAGGUUGAUUAAGAAAUUUGAUAUUGAUGUCGUGGGGCCCAGUUCUAAAGAAUUACUCAAUUAUCUGUCUACAGAAUUGAAUCGAGUGUGUUCAGACACCAACAAUUUAAAUGCCAAUAGAGAAAACGUCGUGGUUCUAUUAAAGGCGUUGCAUAGUUUUUCAUUACAAGAAUUUGCCAAUACAGUGCAUAGAAUAGUGCUAUCACACGUUCAAGCAAGUGUACAAGCGUUGAUAAAGACAAUCAAUUUUGUUAAAAAUUUCCCACCAGCAAUGGAAAUAGCUGUCAAGAGAGGUUAUACCAUUUCCUUCGUGCAAUCGCUUUUACGUGAUAUAAAAUCUGAUAAUACCAAUUUUCUGAACGAAUAUACAUCUCAAAUGAAACCUAAACCGUUGACGCCAAGAGAAUUUUAUUGGAAGCAAGUAGCGACUAGCUUUAAAAAGGAUUUGGACAUUUCAUACAAAAGGGGUGGUCCUGUGGGUAAAGCUUUGCAAAGAAGUCGUGAAUUUAUCGAGCAAACUAUUAGGAAAACUAUGGUUAAUUCUACCGAUAACGCGGAUUAUGAAGCCGAUAUGCAAACAAUGUUGAAUUCUGUUUCCGUUCUAUCCACUGAAAUGCAUUAG